CACGACUGUGACGAGAGGCUGACCCUGUGGUUCCACCAUUUUUGUAAAUGACUUCCUGGUGUUGCGUUUUGGAGAAAGCUCAAGACGGUACAAUGUUUUCCUUGGUGGUUCUGGCACUGCUGUCCUGCACUGAGACACAAGGGCUCCAACAUGGGUUUGUGCUGCAUGGAGAAGACUUACUCCUGGAUGUACAGAAACCUGUUGUACUUGACAAAAAGACAGAUUUUUUCUGGAAAUUUAAUACCAGUAAUUAUGUUGGUAAAAUCGGUUAUAGCACAGAGGCAAUAUUAUUUGAUGGCUAUGAAGGAAGGGCUGAGCUGUUUAAACAAAAUUACUCUUUGUUAUUAAAGAAUGUUCAACACAGUGACAGUGGAGAUUACAUUGGAAUAGUGGUUGGGGUACAAGAGCAAAGAGUAGCUGAAUACAAGGUCACAGUCCAAGAUCCAGUUUCUCCAGUUAGCCUGACAGUGGACUCUGUGUCCAGCAGCUCAGACUCCUGUAACCUCACUGUGACCUGCAGCACAACAGACGCUCACAUCAGCAGCACCUUUACAUGUGACACCAGAAGCUGCUCACAGGUGGAACAAAAGAAUUUGAAAGCUGCUGCCCAUUACCAAGUGAGCUGGGAGCAGAGUAAGAAGGAGAUCAAACCUUACUGUGAGACAACUUCAGAUGGUGUUUCCUUCUGCGUGGUGAAGACAGUCGUCUUCUCUGUCGGUCUGAUCAUCAUGGUGUUUGCUGUCAUCAGUGUGCACGUCAUGGAGAAGAUUAAGAAGAAAGAAUAAAGUUUCCUGCUAACCAACUGUACAUAAAGCUCGUUCUUAUGUAGAAAAAUAUGAAGUUAAAGAAGCUGUUUGUUUUUUUUUCUCACUUGCAGCACCUUUGGUUAAAAAUAGGUCCUUGUUGUUGUUUUUUGUUCUAUUAUAUGACGGAAAUUCUGCAUUUGAAAUGUAACAAUGCAGCCAAAUCCAGCGACAUGCAGCAGGUUCAAAGGAAGCAAGAUUUUUUUUUUUUUUUAAUUUUUACUUAUGAAAAACGUCUUUGAAAUGUUUUACAUGGACUGAAAUCCCUGCAGAGCUUCAGGGAUGUUUAUUUUGGUGCGUAACUGAAUGUAAACGGAAACUUUGUAACUUCACAAUAAAACUCCACACAACGAAACAUAAAUGCUAUUUUUCUCAUGAUUAUCUAUUAGUUAAACCCAAUAUUAACUGCGGUCAUUUUGUAAAUAUAAGAUUUGUUUGUCAUUAACAUUUUUAUGAAGGAUUUGUUCCUCAGAACCACAACAAAAACAGUAUUUAUGGGUUUUAUUUCAGAAAGGUUCACCAAGCUCCACCAAAUUACGUGCGUUUCUUAAACUUGACCAGAAGAGGGCGGUGUGUUAACGUGGAGCUGUGCUGCCCACCUGUCUGCCCUUAAUACCAAUGGAUUGAAAUCAGCAUGUUAAACGUGUAAAGUCUUGUGAAAAAAGGAAAAAUAUGUCAGUUUUUUUGUAUUGCAAACACUUAAGCACAAAUGAAAACAUAUUUUGAAAAUGUAUUGUUUGUAUUUGUUAAACAUAAAAAUUUUUCAGGUGAAGCCUUAAACUUCAAUCAGGGAGUUUCUCACAUCUUAUAAAAGCAUGAUGUGUUCUUCAGUAAUUUACAGGUGAACAUCGUGAGUGUGACAGAAACAGUCAUUUGUGAUGAGGAGUCUCCUCAAAUGAAAACUUAGCAGAGACAGCAGGAAGUAAAUAUGUUAGAUCAUGCAAAACUCUGUUACAAAUCCAGAGCCCUGACAUGUUGAGUUGCAGUAAUAU